UUAAAAAUAAAUGUAUUGGAAAUGCCUAAAGAUGUAGCCUAGAACACAGGAAUAAGUAAAGUCAAGUACGCCAGUAAUGCUACACUAUCCACUGAUCUGAGAGCACAUCAGGAGGAGUCUCUGACCAAGCGACAGCUAACGAUUGCUAAGUUUCUUACUAUGCACUCUGCUUGCUUUUGGUUUCAGAUUCCUCUAUUCUUUAAUCUUCACAAGGUUUUAAAUGUGCGCCCUCCUCUUGUAGUGUACAGACUCAAUUAUUAAAACAAAACAAAACAUCAACUUAAUAAAAUAAGAUAGAUGAAUAGCAUGAUGAGAAAAAUCUAUGUUUUUCCAAUACUUUUUGAAGGACUCAAGUAAGAGCGAUAGGUGGAAAAAACCUGCCCUCCAUACUUAAUGAUUGUUUCCUGGAUUUUGUAACGAUCUUUACAGUUUUGAAUGACAUUUAAGCUUUUUGAAAAUUCGAUGGCAUUAAUUUAGUAAACCUGAAUGACACAGUAUGGCUGUCAGGUACAGACCCUGUAUUGAUAUAUGAUGUGAUUGCUGUUAUUGUUUUUGGCACUCAUUGCUAUUGGAUCAAUCUGUAAAUGGGCAGCCUUUCAAAUUCAGUUAUCAAAAUCGGUAGCAGGAAAUACGAACCUCUCUAAUUUGAAAUGAACUUCUAUGGAUAACUUAAUUGAUGAUAAGGAGUUAAGGGAAUCAGCGCCAUAACAUUUUCACAAAGUUGUGGAGCCGGAACUCAAAGUCAAUGUUUAUCAGUGCACUGGGUACCCUUUUCCUCCCUGUCACACCAAACUUCAUUAUCAUCUUCAGUGGGUAGUGAGUGAAAAAUAACAGUCAUACUUGAUCUGAUCACUAUUUCACAUCCUGGCGCAAAAGCCAGGGAGUGGACUUGACCCGCCUGAUCAGUAACAGUACAGCGUUAGCUAAUAAAGAGCAUGCAGCACCAGUUCACCGAAGGCCUGUCAUAAUCCUUUUUUGAAAUAUGUUAAAACCAGGCGUGAAUUUCAAGGCUGUCUGAGACAUUCUUUAUUGUCGCAUAAAAACUCAGAUGUGAUCUGAGGAUGCGACAGUCGCCACUCGAGCUCCUACAAAACAAGUCGAACGGCUGCAACAGCUGCUUCUUUGUAAAGGAAAAGACCAACCCAGAGUUUUAAGCAAUAUGAGAGCAUCGUCUUACACCCAGAAGAGCCUGCAGGUUAGUGGCUCAAACAGCAGGGUGAGGGUCCAGAGCCCGUCUCCUUCCCGUUGCCGUGGAUCAUCUUAUGACAGCCGUGGCCGCUCUGGUUUUAAAGGCACUGCCGUCGAGUUGGGAACAGAGAUCCACCAGCAACAUGCCAACGAGAAAGAGGAAAUGCAGGAGCUCAAUGUCAAGUUCGCUGGAUACAUCGAGAAGGUCCAGGCACUGGAGCAGAGAAAUGCUGCCCUUCAAGCUGAGCUGACUGCACUGCAGGGCCGCUACAAGGGAGGCCCCACAGGCAUCGGAGAGGAAUACGAGCUCAGGUUCAAAGAGGUGCGGGAGCUGAUUGAGUCGCUGACUAAUGAGAAAGGAGCAGCUGAUAUUGAGCGGGGCUACAUCGAAGAAGAGGUCGAAGUGUGGAAACUAAAGCUGGAGGAAGAGCUGACUCUCAAAGAAGAGGCAGAGAUGAUCCUGAGGGAGUUUCGCCAGGAUGUCGACAACGCUACACUGCAGAAGGCUGAGCUGGAGAAGCGUAUAGAGCAACUGGUGGCCGAGAUAGAGUUCCUCAAGAAGCUGCACGAUGAAGAGGUGGCUGACAUCAUGAAGCAGAUCGAGGACUCAAAGAUUACUGCAGAGCUGGAUGGUGAUCGGCCCGACCUGGCUGCUUACUUGCGCAACAUGCGUGCAGAGAUCGAGGCUGUUGCUGCCCGCAACGUCCAGGAAGCAGAGAAGUGGUACAAAAGCAAGUUUGACACCCUCAAAGAGCACGCCGGCAAACAUGAGGAGCAUAUGAAGACCAUGAAAGACGAGAUCUCGACCUUCCACAACCAAGUGACGGACCUGCAGAACCAGAUCGACGGGCUGAGGGCUCGUAACGCUGCUCUGGAGCAGCAGCUGGAGGACAUGGAGAUGUCCCACAUGGAUAAGGUGGAGACACUCGAGGGUGUCAUCGCUCAGCUGGAGGCCCAGCUCUGCGAAACCAAGCUGGAGAUGACCAAGUAUCUACAAGACUACCAGGAACUGCUGCACAUUAAGCUCAAGCUGGAUGCAGAGAUCGCCACCUACAGGAAGCUGCUGGAAGGGGAGGAGGUGAGGCUGGGAAUCGCCAAAGAUGCCUGAUGCCUGGAUGAAGAGUCAACAAGGUCAAUGGAGAAGACGAGCAGAGCAUCAGGGAGAGGAGUGAUCAGCUAAUUCUACUUAAGAAGACUCAAAAUUCUUCCCCAUCUUUCUAAUUCUUUCCCUAAUUGACCCUCUUUCCUCUAACGGCUGUGUAUUGUUUGAAAUGUUUUGAUUAAGUACCUGAUUUUACAUAUACAUUACAGCACAGAGAUAAGAACACAAACAAGACUUGAAAUGAAAUCAAACCAGUCUUUAGAGUAUUUGACCAAAGUACUCUUUGACAAACAUUUAUUGCCACCUUUUAUGUAAUUGACAGUCUUGGAUACUUGGUGCUAUAGACGUAUUUUUCCUGGUACUGAAAAAGUAUCGAGGUUUGAUGCCCAGCCCUACUACCCUGUUACUUACCUCACCUGACCCCAUUACCCUUAUGUCUUUGCUGUCAAUGCUUGAUGCUUCCCAAUUCUUCUUAGUUCAAAUUUUACAUCAUUUCAAGAUGACCUUCUUGCUGCUUCCUUCCUUUCCUAGCCAGCUGCACCCUGUCACUGUCAUUCAUCUUCAGUACACUUCCUAUCGGGUUCUAUCACAGCCCUCGGGUCUCCUCUGUAAUUCACCUCCCCUUUCACGCCGGGCCAAACCAAGCCCUCUGCGACUGCUUCUUAUUUAUGAUGACUUUCAAAUCUCAAUUCCUUUUACUAAACACACGUUUGUCCUUUAAACAACACAAAUAAACGCAGAUAAAUAUCAGUAUUGCGACUGGUCUACUGUUCCACUUGAUUAUUACAAAUGUUUAGAAGAAAGAUGACUAUCACCUAUUACACUAAUGUUGACCGACUGUAACUUAAUAAAGAUUGA